AUGGAGAGCAGUAUACCAAUAUCGACAAAAUCAGAGCGAAGAUGGAGAUCGAAGUCGUUACAGACCUCUAAACCUUCUCUUGCUUUAGCUUUCUUCUCUUGCUUCGCUUGGCUCUACGUUGCUGGCCGGUUAUGGCAAGAUGCAGAGAACAGAACACUACUUUCUAAUCUUCUAAAGAGAAACACUGCUCAGAGACCGAAGUUUCUUACAGUUGAAGAUAAGCUUGCUGUACUAGGAUGCAAGGAUUUGGAGAGGAGGAUAGUGGAGGCAGAAAUGGAAUUGACUUUGGCUAAGAGUCAAGGGUACUUAAAAAACCAGUUGUCGGAAAAUGGGUCUUCCUCGGGUAAAAAGUUGCUUGCAGUCAUUGGUGUUUAUACUGGAUUUGGAAGUCACUUGAAGCGGAAGGUGUUUAGAGGUUCUUGGAUGCCUAGAGGAGUAGUGAUACGUUUUGUGAUUGGUCGCAGUGCUAAUCGAGGGGAUAGCUUAGAUCGAAAUAUCGAUGGUGAAAAUCGUUCAACAAAGGAUUUCUUGAUUCUUGAAGGUCAUGAGGAGGCUCAAGAAGAAUUGCCCAAGAAAGUGAAGUCCUUCUUUAGCACUGCAGUGCAAACAUGGGAUGCAGAAUUUUAUGUAAAAGUUGAUGACAUUAUUAACCUUGAUCUUGAGGGGCUAAUUGAACUUCUUGAACACCGUCGCAAUCAAGAUAGUGCUUACAUUGGCUGUAUGAAGUCUGGAGAAGUUGUAACUGAAGAGGGAAAGUCAUGGUAUGAGCCUGAAUGGUGGAAAUUUGGAGAUGAAAAAUCGUACUUUCGACACGCAUCUGGAUCACUUCUUAUACUGUCCAAAAAUUUGGCUCGGCAUAUUGACAUAAACAGUGCAUCUCUAAAGAGUUACACUCAUGAUGAUAUAUCAGUAGGAUCUUGGAUGAUGGGUGUCCAAGCAACCUAUAUAGAUGACAACCGUCUUUGCUGCAGUAGCAUUAAACAAGUGUACCUUACAACUUAUACUAACCGUAAACAUCUUGCUGUUCAUUUGCAGACAAGGUUUGUUCCCUGGCUUGAUCGGAGAGGGGGUCUUCCAUUUCAUCAAUACAAGAUCAAACUUCCUUUUAAGGUUGUGCAUCAGCAAAUUCAAAACCUGGCAGUGCUUGGCCUGUCAAGAGCUUGCUGGGCUAGGGAGAUCAAUGCUUGCGGGCUAGCUCAGCAUGGCUCGUUAGUAGUCAGGUUGGGCCGGAAAAAUGGUUGGCAUGCGCGUAUGAAGACAGUGGAUGGACUCGAUUCUAUAAUUCCCAAAGCAAACAGUGUUGUCCUCUCAAACAAUGGGUGA